AGGACACAAAGUUUUUAUCCAUUUAUAGUUAUGUUUAAUGUUGUGGACCAUCUAUAAAAUAAGUUACGUUAUAACGGCUAUAAACGGCCGUUCCCUCAGCAGCCUGUAAUUGUUUUCUCUUUUUUGCCAUGUCACUGAAAAUCCACAAAGCACGAACGUCUCUGUGCUGAAGACUCUCCCAUGGGGGAAAACCUACUGUUACAGAGUAAAUAGUAAAUAAAUAUCCUGCCCUCUUUACAUGCCUGUGUGUGUGUGUGUGUGUGUGUGUGUGUGUGUGUGUGUGUGUGUGUCAGUGCAAGUGUGUGCACACCUUGGCAUUUUUCUAUGUGGUUGAUUUUUCUUCUUGUGAAAUGGGGAAGGGUUUACGCUGAUCUUAGAUAAGUGGAACUUGUGUCAAGCACAGCUAACUUCACAAUUCAACCACAAGAAGCAACUGGUUCCUCUGAUGCAACUUCCUUUACUAACAGUAGUACAAGUUAGCUGCAGCCUUUCAGCUACACCCACACAGAAACGCAGUCAUUUCGUGCAUUAGUGAGUCUUUUAUAGAUUACAGAUGUUUCAUCGUUCUUCUGACCGAGUGGAGAUGGUGGUGGAGAUCUAUGAGAGUACAGACACUGUUAGAGGUCACGACCCCGACACAGAGAAGGAAGGCGGUGACACAAAGAAAGCCCCAGACGCAGAUCCGAACACAGGAGGAGACACUGCAUGGAGCAGGUGUUACAGAGUGACUGCAGUGUGUGUGGUGCUGCUGUGUGUUCUCCUGCUGACUGCCGUCACGGUGCUGUGGAUCCAAUUCAACAACCUGACUACCAGUUACAACAACCUGACUAAAGAGAGAGACCAGUUACAGACCAGUUACAACAACCUGACUAUAGAGAGAGACCAGAUAAAGAGGGAGAGAGAUGGAUACCGGAGUACACUUGAGCUGUGUUAUAAAGGGAGGUGUUUCAACUUCAACUCCAGUUUUUACUGCAUGUCUAAUGAGAAGAAGAACUGGGAGGAGAGCAGACAGGACUGCAGGGACAAAGGAGCAGAUCUGGUGAUCAUAAACAGCAAGGAGGAACAGGAGUUCAUCAGUAAAAUCCUGAGCAGAAACUCUUGGAUUGGACUGAGUGACAGAGACACAGAGGGCAAGUGGAAGUGGGUGGACGGUACACCGCUGAACACUGGGUUCUGGGGGAAAGGAGAACCCGACAGUGCUGUAGGGGAUGAGGACUGUGUUGUAAUUCAUGAUCACACUGAUCCUGUCUGGAACUGGUCUGAUUAUCCCUGUCAUUAUCAGAUCAUUUGGAUCUGUGAGAAGACAGUCGUUAUCUGAAUUACUGCAUGUGAUUGAAAAGCAGUAAAUAAGUUGAUAUUUUUAUCUGUGUAGGUCAGUGUGUUGUGUCUGAAAAAUCCUCAUUACCAUGAUGUCACCUGAUUUUCUUUCUGAACCAAUUUUCCAUGCUGUGUUUUUUUUAAUGAACAUGCAAAAUAACAGUGUGUGCUCGCUCCAGUGCUAUUCUGUUACCUGUUGAAUAAUGAGUCAUACUGUUAAAUUAAGCCGAAUCAAGCAGUGAUUAAUAAUAUAUUGGAAAUAUACUAAGUUCCUAUCAGAUGUUAAUUAGGUUUCUGAACUUGGUAACAGACUAAUUGAUGUUUGUUUGUUUUUUAGAGAAACUCUUGAAAAUAAUGUAUAAAAGUCUCUGAUCUUACACUUUUACAUGUGUCUGGUUUUAAAGGAGUGUUUAUUAAAGCAGCACCAGUUAGAACACAUGAGUGAAAAUCAGCUUUAUACAGCAGCUUCUACCAGCAAAUAUAUAACAUGGACAGUAGUGACUUUAUAAAUAACUCACUCCCUAUGAUUCUAAUAAGGUGUCAUAGAUGGUGUAUGACCACAAAGUCAUAACAAGAAGAACAGGACACUGGAAUUACUGUUUAACAGACUGAUUGGUGGAUAUUUACACACCAAGCACAUUGAAUAUAAAACUGUACCAUUUCCGUUGGGGAAAUCUCUCUACCUCUUCACAUCACAUCACCCCGUUGUUGAUGAUUUUACGAUAACAGUAAAUCUUCAAGUGUUUUAUUUCUCUUAUAUCACACCAAUUUGCCAAUGUUUACAAUUUAUUAUUAUUAUUAUUAUUAAAGUAGGAUAUGGGAUUAGAUUUGUGCCAAAAGUAUUGAACGUAACUUUUCAAGAAACCAUCAAAAAUAUAAACAGUGAACUUGGGGCAAAAAUUUAACCUGGUCUUUUGAUAACAUUUGUAAACAAAGUCAAUGCAAACUGCAAACCCAGAAGCGCACCGUCGCUCUUCAGGUUUGCGCUUCGGGUUUCAGAGUGCGCUGCGUGCUCCAGGACUUUGCGUGAGAGGAAAUCCUGACAAUCAUGAAGCUUCAGCAGCUUUACUGAAAUGUGCAGUCUGAUGAUAAAAACCACAGAUGACUUUGAAGUGUUUGGUUUAUAAUCCAAUUAAAGUUGACUUCCUUUUCCUUAUGGUGGCACGGAAGCACAGCGGGCAGUGUUUCUGCCUCACCACGAGUGGAGAAUAUUUGGGAAUUUGUACUACAUUUCUAUACUUAAGUAUUAUUUGGGGUAUUUAUACUUGAGUAAUGAUUGAGUAUUCCUGAAAUAUGAGGGAAUAAUGUAUUACUAGUGAAGAGGAUGAAGCUAGACACAGACUUAGCGAUGCUGCUCUUGGACAGGUGUGUAAAUGCUUUACAUAACCAUUCAUGUAGACAGUCGAUGUACACUCCACAGUUCUUGUGCGUGUGUGUUGACGAGAGAGUCAGCUGCCGGGAUGCCCAUGGGAACCCAUUGGGGAAAGUGCAGUACAGGGAUAUGGACGUGAUAGACGUGAUAUGGACGUGAUAGCUGAUGAAGUACUGGAGAUCUCCUGCAGGAGAAAAAAGAAGUGCAGAUCUGGGUUUAUAAGGUAACUCACGUAUCGUGACGGAGCGGAGAUAGGACGGAUGCAAGUGCAGUAUGAACAGUUGUUUAUUUUAAAAGAGAGACAGGCAGACAAAUCCAAAACGUGAUCCCUAAACGUAAUCCAAAACAGGCGAAGGUCAGGCGAUUGGCAAACAGGCAUACACAGGGUUAAACAGGAAUCAAGGUCGUGGUCACGGAAAACAGGGUCGAUAAACAAAACGAGAAACAUGAACUACGACGAGGAACUGGGAGCGGAUAAUCCAGCGUGAACUAACU